AUGCCGUCUUGGAUGCCUCCAACUCCUCCAAUAUCUGAUUCUGAGAACGAUGUGUACUACGAUGAAUGUCUUGAUCUUUUGUAUGAUCCUGACUUCAUGGGUGAAGCUCGUUUGCCUUCUACCAUUUACGAACUACAUCGUCCAUUCACGAAACCGCCCAGCCCUGUUAAACGUUCUCAUAAUACAAGCAAUCUUUCAACUGAACAAACAGUCAUGCAGCUUCUCAAGUCUGCUUCUGAUCAGAGAACUCCUUCGAAUUAUAUGAGUAGCCCCAUGCCAUAUUCUGAAGAUAACGACUUCGCUGGAGCCGACUUUUGUAACAUCAAGACAGACGACGCCUUUGCUGGUAUCAGUGUGCCCAAACGAGAGAAAUCCAGAGGACGGCAGGAUACUCGAUCUCAGCGAGAUUUGGAAAGAGCUGUUACUCCUCCACGUCCUAUCAGAGAAGAGUAUGACUACGAAGGACCGGAAUGGAAUAUUAUCGAAGAUCGCGCUCUACUCCAGGCUGUGCGAAACGAGAACACGUUGAAACAUAUGCUUGAAAAGAAUAGAUCUCCUUUGACUUACAACUGGGAGUUCAUUUCUGGAUUUGUGAACAGAGUCACCGGGUUUUACAGAUCUCCUCGGCAAUGCUGUAUACGUUAUCAAACAGCAGUAAGACCUCGAGAGAACGGACAACUUGUAGCUAUAGAUCCACUAACCAAGAAGCCUAGAAAGGUCAACUUGACGACUGCAGAAGUAGUUCAUUUACGAAAAGGUCGUGCAACAACGGAUCUUCAAUAUGAUUUCGAUGUGACUUCGAUUUUGGAGAACCGUAUAUUGGGAAAAAUCAAAACCAUUCGUGCGCUAACUGCAAAAUCAGCUAAGCCUUUCCGCAGAUCUCUAGAAAACGUUUCCAUCGAUGCACUGAACGGUCGCCUUCCGCUGAAUCAUGAAAGCAAACUGAAUGAGUUCAAUUUGCAUCGUAUUCAAGCUGAGGACAUUGUUCAAAUACACGAGGAGAAGCAUUUCAGUUCCGAGUUGAGAAAGAAGGCUCAAGAGAAACCUGUAGCGGAAGAGAGAGGAAACACUCAGAAUCGUAGCAUGAUUGUAUCAGUCAGACCUCCCGCCGUCACAGCCGGAGCCGGAACGGUUGUCUCGAAAGCUCCUUUCGUUCUGGAAGUUCUUGCUUUACAACCAAUCCGACCUACACCUCCUCCUCCUCAGAGCAAUUCCACUACAUUACAACAGGAACACAAUGUGGUGACUUAUUCACAGCCGGGUAUUCAACGUCGUGUCGGAGCUAUGGGUAACAACUUUUCGCACAAUAUGCAACCACAGUCUAAUCAACAAAGUGGCUAUCUUGUUGUUGGUCAUGAGAAUAACGUGUCUGGAAUCAGACGCCAAGAGGCCGGAGGACAAGGUGUGAACCAAGUGUUCCGCAACUUCACUGGUCCACCCUCCAGGCGUACCCCGCCUGGUACUCCUAUUACAACCGGCAUUACUCGUGCUCCUGUUGGAUACGUUACUAGUGGUGGUGGGCAGUCUGGAGGUGGUUUUAGCACAUCGAACCAAAGUUCUUCAAACGUUUACACGUCUUGUCCCCAACCCAUGGCCACGGGAAUUCAGAGACAAGUCCAAGGCAGAGUUGUAUCAAGAGGAGCGGGAACAAGAAUGUAUAUGACGCAGAAUGGAACAACAAUACCGGAGCGUGGCUACGUUGUGCAAUCCAACGUACGUAUGAUACCCAAUUCUCAACGGCUACCACAACGGCGAACAACAGUAACAAAUAAUCCAAAUGGACAGAUGACUACUGCCAUGGUGAUGCCUAACCGACAAAACAUCCAACAAGUUCGAGCUGUGCAGCGCAAUGCAGCUAUCCCUCCUGGUUCUCGUAUUAUGGUCAUGGCUCCUAAUUCUCGAAGUGGCUCCCAGUUGGUUCAAGGUCAUUCUGGAGCUCCGAUGACAAGACAACUCUUGACACGUGGAAUGAACGUCCCAUCUCGUGGUGGUUCGCCGCAAACCGUUGCUCAGGUUGUUAUUGCACCACCCUCGUCUAUGGCUCAAGCUCCGCAGCACUCAUCUCAACCUCCUCAACUAACACCUUCAGUCGUUGUUACUUCUUCUGAAGCAAUUCCUAGUCCUGUUUCUCAGAAUAGUCAAUCUCAACCCGGCUCACAAUCUGCUCCCUCUCAGCAACCUCCAUCACAAUUGCAAGUUCAACAAGUCCCAGCCCAGCACGGUCAUUCUUCCCAACAACAAACUUUACAAGCGCCUAAUGCGAACUCAUCAAUUGAAACUGGACCUCCAUCAUCUUCUGGAAGUGGACCAUCCUCUCAUUCAUAG